GCGCCGAGGAAGUUGACAGUAUGAUGAUGACGACAUACCUACACCCAAGAGGUCACCUGUCUCAGCACUCCCACCGCACCUGCCCCAAGACCGGACCGUAGUGCGUGCCAUCAUUGAUCAAAAAUCUUAUUUCGCCUUCGAGGUACUCCCUAUUCGAGUUCCGUCCACCCCUUCCGUCUCAAACUUAACCAUGGAGACCGCGUCGUCCGACAAAGAGAAUGCGGUGCAGCAGUCCAUUGCGAAGACGAAUUCCGCGGAGCAUCACCCUUACCAUCCGAGUCCAGGAAAGAUAACUUCGAGUAUCCAGGAACAGGAGAACAGGUUGUCCGGAAAAAAGGGGGGUAAUGUCGUGAAUGGGCUACGGAAAACUCCAGGUCUUCUUGCACGUGGUUCAGCCCAGGGUGUUAGGAUAGACGCCUCCAGGCAACCCUCCAAGGGCUAUGAAAAAUAUGGCAUUCAUUGGGCGCCUCUGAACAUCCGCUUUGAACGGAGAUUACAAACACUGGUGGUCUUAUGCCAUACCUUGACGAUUGCUAUAUGCCUUGGGGUAUUUUUUUUCACUUGUGCUAUCCCUUUAUCGUGGCCUCUUCUGGUACCGUAUUUGCUAUACAUCUCGUUAUUCUCAACUGCGUCGACUUCGGGCUCAUUGAAGUAUCGGAGUAGUUUUUUGCGAUCGCUCCCCAUUUGGUCGCUCUACGCCUCGUAUUUUCCGGCCCGUUUACAUCGUUCAGAACCUUUGAUACCGACAAGGAAGUAUAUAUUCGGCUAUCACCCGCAUGGAAUAAUUUCCCUUGGUGCAUUUGCAGCAUUCUGCACCGAGUCGCUGGGCUUCUCUAAACUUUUCCCCGGCAUCACCAACACUCUACUCACAUUGGAUUCCAAUUUUCGAAUCCCAUUCUACCGAGAAUACGCUCUUUCGAUGGGCCUUGCUAGUGUCUCGCGUGAAUCAUGUGAAAAUAUCCUCACUAGAGGUGGAGUAGAUGGCGAAGGGAUGGGACGUGCCAUUACAAUUGUCAUAGGUGGUGCACGGGAAUCCCUCAAUGCAUCUCCAGGCUCAUUACGUCUUGUCCUGAAGCGACGCAAGGGAUUUAUAAAAUUGGCGAUUCGGACUGGUGCAGAUCUCGUACCCGUGUUGGCGUUCGGGGAGAACGAUUUAUAUGAACAAGUCCGCUCCGACAGUCAUCCCCUCAUCCACAAGUUUCAAAUGAUGGUGAAGCAGACGCUUGGGUUCACUGUCCCCUUGUUUCAUGCUCGGGGAGUCUUCAACUAUGAUGUUGGCUUAAUGCCAUACCGGCGCCCCUUGAAUAUUGUCGUUGGUCGUCCUAUCCAUGUAGUCCAGCAGCAAGACAGGAAUAAAAUCGAUGACGACUACAUCGACCUGCUCCACACAGAGUAUGUGAGAGAACUUGAAAGAUUGUGGAAUGAAUGGAAAGACGUUUAUGCCAAAGACAGGGUCGCUGACAUAGAGAUUGUGGCCUGAAAGACCAUGUUUCGGAUUCUAGAUGAACUUUGCUUGUCUGAUAGUUUCAUAAAUACGCAAGUAUUAUUGUUUGCUUAUAAAAUCAAUUUACGUGCCAUGGACACUGGACUGUGUUGGUGAUAGCUUCGCACUACUACUUGCUAUUUAGUACUUAGGGAGCGAAUUGCUGGUGGCAUGCAUAACCCAGAGCUCAUCAUCUGCUACAGUAUGAAAUAAGCAUCAUGUUAACGUGGAGGUUGAAGCGCUUAUCUUAUUUUGGAGUGUGGGACCUGCAAAAUUUAGUACUAAAAUAUACAAACAACAUGCACGAGUGCGCGA